AUGAGGGCGAGCGAAUCGCUGGACGGAGCGAGACCCGAAGGAAUCCUUAGAAGGUAUUUCCAACUCUUAGUUUUUGCAAAUACGUGCAGUCACUCCAAUUCUUCACCUCAAAAAGUUGUUUGCUGCGUGGACAGGAACCAAAUCUAGCCUCAUGAAUAAUUAUUAUCUCGCCUAUCCGUUUACUCCCUAUUCCUUAUUCCUUCCUCCUCUCCUAUUCCUAUUUCUCACAUAUUUUUGGCAUCCCGAAAACGAAACGAUCAGAAGAAUGAAACUAUCGGGGAUUAAGAACCUUAAUCACUACCUAACAGCUCUGAAAAUCGGCGGGUUCUCGGUCGGUGUCCACUUUUUUCUAAUGUUCUCGCUCGCUCACAAACAAGUUCGCGUCAUGUCCCCCUCCCCCGAGUGUGUCUCUUUUUCUAGCGUGUCGCGACCCCUAGCCAGGCUGAAAUAUGAUCACGUGUUUUUCACAAAAAAAAUAACAUAACAGAAUAGGGAUUCCUCCUCAUGCCUACCAAAGACCGCAAAAUCGACAGAACAGAUAUAUUCUCGCAGAAUGUUCAGUAUGGUUUUAAAAUAAGUUUUGUGAGUUUGAAGAAACACGCUGGGUGGUCGGAUUUUAUGGGAGCUUCCCUCAACUACUUUGCACUUUUCACAUGACCCACACUGCUCUGGGCGACCAUAAUAUUUGCCUUAACAAAAAAGUGCGUCUUUUUUUGCUCGACUUUUCCUCCCGUUCAAUUUUUUCUGCAUUUUUCGGGGGUGAAAGUCCACAUGUUGCUUGGAAAACGGAUGAUCCCCACUUGUUUUUCGUUUUCCCUUCUUUGGAACACUCAUCCAUACUUAAUGCACGUGCGAUAUCUCACGGGUAGUAAUGUUUUCUGGCUUCAUCUACCCCGGAGACGUGACUAAUCGACUUUUGCUUCUCUUAAUCCUAAUCUCUCGGUGAGAAGAAAAUGGUUAGUGAUAAGAGCUGAAAAGGGGGUGGAGAAAAGAGUAGGGGUGAGAACCGCUGAAAAUCGGAUUUGUUGUCAUGGAGAGCGCAGCCAAGCGGGAAAUCAGGUGCCGAUUGCGGACAACAUUCGUUGAGAUUAUUAGAAGAGUCAUCCACUCUGAAAGUUUUUGACUAUGUCAACCCUACAUUCGUAACAGUAGUUAGUAAUUGUCUUCGUUUGUCAGCGGAAAAGAUGAAGAUGCACAUGCAGUCAGAGAUAGGAAAUAUAAAAUUAUGCAACGCGCUUUCUCACAAACAUCUUCCUUACCCUAUCGGCACUUUUCUGUUCCCUCCUGUUAUGACGUUUUCUGUUUGACUUGCCAGUGCCCCCUUGCCGUUCAAAUCGCUUACGUAGGUCUGUGCCACGGCCGACAGUUUGCUGUUUGUGCGCUUUUUUCGGUGAGACUUCGAGAAAAAAAGCGUUUUUCGGUGCCAUAAUGGCGGGCACAAAGGGCGAUGUUGUUUGUCACAAUCCUAGAGAGAUUGCACUGGACAGUUGAUAAUCUGAUGGGCGCCAGUUGCACGACACACUAGUUGCAGACAUCUGUUGCGAAGAGAGUAUUCAUUAUAAUUCCGGUUCAAUGAUCGCUGUUAGCCCGUGAGUUGUUUUUUCCAUUUUCGAACUCUGACGUGUGAGUCAACCUAGUUCUAAAUUCCAAAAUUCUCGCAGACGCGUGAACAGAGCAGUCUGUGAGAAAAAAAACGUACAUAGAGAAUGCAAUUUUUACACAAAGAAUGUUAUUUUCAGAAGAAAAAGAAGAAGUCACAUCUUCACUUCUUUGUUCCUUUUUUCUCCGGGCACUCUGUAAAAUGAAUUUUUGUGAUUCUCUUUUUUAGUCAUGAGUUCAUUUCUCCCGCACUUCUUAUCAGUUUCUGCCCGCCUGAAACAAAAACCACAUGUUUUGCAGCUAUCAUUUUCUCUUUUCACCUCAAUUUUUUCCAAUUUCCGUAUUUCCUAAACGUGAUGAAUACAGGAAAUGAGAGGGAAAUGACAUUCACAUUAACGCAAACUUCCGAUCCGAUUUGCCAGCGUCCCCCCGUGUUUUUGCCCACGCGCCUUCCCGCUUUUUCCUGGCAUUGGCUGUUUCUGAAGCUUUCGUGAGGUCUUUAACCCCUUGUUUAUAGCGCUCAUUUGUUUUUCAACGCCUUAUCCGCUCAUUAAUCCUUUGCGAUCAGUACAUCAUGAUUCAGACCUUUUUUUCAUUUUCCAAGGGAAGGUCGCAAGGUACACCUCCAUUUGUUUUUCGAGGACGACUCCCAUGGACAUCAGGGUCAUUUAAUGCAGUGUUUUGACCUCUUUCUUGUCUUGUUUUCCUCCUUUCUCGAAGCAAUUUCUGUGUUCCCAAGCAAAUUGAGUUUUCACAUGCCAAUUCAUGUUCGGUCCCCCUUUUCACUAUAAAAAAGAAGUCAUAAACCAUUCGAUCAAAAAAGUGCACUCGCUUUGCCCUCGCUUUGCCCUCGCCGCCACUUUUGACCUGUAAAAAUGGAAUGAGGGCCUAAAAACCAUUGUUCUUUGACCAAUUUUUCCGACAGACGCAAACAUCCUCUAAUUUUUUCAAUUUCGCUUCUAUGUGCGCGUGAAAAAAGUCAUUUUCUGAUCGCAAAUCUUUCAUUUAACUUUUUUCAGCAGAAGAGUCGUUCUGGUGAAGGCGGUCAGCUUCAGUCAGACGGUCAGCGAGUUCACUCUCCCAGAUCUGACGACGUUUGGAUUGGAAGGUAACAACGUUCAAGCCGUCCCGAAGACCGUCGAGUUGAAGACCGAAGAAAAGCAGGAACAACAAAAGGCGCGCAUGCUGGCCCUUUUGGAAGCGAACGCAAUGCCCAACCAAAACGGACCAAGCUCUUCGAAUUCUGGUCAGUUAUGCAUCAGAGUGCGGGAGGUGUACAGAGAUUAAUAAAUAUCAGAUGAGAGCUCAGGAAUAGUCAAUUAAAGGGAUCAGCAAGGGAUUUGGGGUUUAGUGAUAAGGAGACGUCAUGCGUUUUAGUCACCGUUAAUCCUGUCAAAACAUUCAACGAAUGAAUCCUCUAGAGUAUGAAAGUCAUUUCGUUUCGUUUAACAAAAACAACUUUGUCGCUGUCUCAUUAGUGAACACGCGUAAAACCUUCUCGUUUAGCGAAAUCGUUUACACCAGUUUGUGAGAUUUUAGUGCCUGCUGCUGAAGAAAGAACGGAAGUGAAACGGGAGAAGAAGAUGGAAGAAGAUGCAAUGGCUAAUAACAAAAUAGUAGCUCAAGUGAGAACGGAGAGAAAAGCGUCGAACGCAAAGCCAAAAGAGUUGCCACUUGAACCCGUCUGGAAACCGUUGACAGUGGAGGACUUGCCAAUGGACGAAGAUGAGGAUGAGUUCGGAAUCGUUGGAGUGUACAAAUGCGGACUGUGUAUGGUUGGAUUCGCCCCAGUGGUCAGUUCUCAAGUAAAAAACCGGGCUAAUGUGGUAUAUUUCAGAAAAAGAAGAAACUAAUGUUCGUAACACUUACUGAAAGAGCUCUGGAACUUCAUGAGUCUGAAAAGUCCUUCCGAUGCGGAAGAGCGGCUCGUCAUAUGGUCGACCUGUCCAUUUCAUUCAACGUUCAUUCAGAUCAUGUUAGCAAAACGAAUGAGUCCCUUGUAGAUCAAUUUGAAUUGCAGUACGACGCCAAAAUGAAGAAAUGUCUGUGCCUGAUGGGUCCGGAUGAGACUAUUUGUAUGAGACCGGAAGGAGGAAUUCUGACAAUUGAAGGAUGGCGUAGAGCAAUUGUGAAAGCAAUUCAUGAAGCCAGACGCAGGAAGAUGAACCGAACACCGAGACCGGAAGACAUUUUCGAUGCUGUUUAUGAUAUCCGUGUCACAGAUUUCAACAAAUAUCAAGAAAAGUAUAUCGAGAACGGCAAAGAGUAUGGAUUCACUAAUCUAUGCACCGUCAUCAGCACACUGGAAGGAAAGAAAAGGUUUGUUCUAGACAGAAAAAUGUGCCGUUUAAAACAUGCUCUGCAGAUUUUGCCUCUGGCCGAACACUCUCGCAAUUGUCGAUUUGUGCAUUGAACCGACUGCCUAUGGCCUUCCCUCUGCUGGAUUUCCAUGCUUCCGUGCUUCCAGCAUGUUCAUACUCGAUGUAAAUACAAAUUCGACGAAAAUUUCCCUCAAUCCUCCGUUUUGCAGCGCAGCACAGUCUCCUUCUAUGGCUUCCGUGACUGUUCGUUCUACAUCCGCGUCGGAAAAGGCAGUCCGUAUCGGGGAUUCGAGAUUUCGUUCAACGUGGACACUCCGGAAGUGUGCCGGGAGAUCCAUAACCGUCUUAAGGUACUCGCCGUACGUGACAUUGAAAACCGACGGCUUGAAGCUCUUAGAAGACCUAUGUUCAGGUGAGUUCAAAAGAAAUCCGUCUGAUCUGACCAUCUCAUUCUUGCGUUAUACUUGUUUGGCUUUGAGUUCCUCAUUCCCUCUGAUCCUUUGUUUCCCCCGCCUCCCUGAUUUGGUUGUUUAGCGAUUUGCAUGGAAUGGAAUCGUUGUCGGUUCCCUCCCCGCUGGCUCAUCGUAGCAAACUUUCGCUCGACUCGCCGGUCCUAACCGCCAGGGACCGUCGCCUGAUGCUCGGCAGAGACUGUCUCUCAUUUGCUUCCAUUGAAAGAGACGAUUCGGCUCCGUCCUCACCGUUCGCUAACUAUAACCGCCCACGUGGAUCGUUGGGCAAUUUUCAGGUUGACCAUUUGUCUAGGUAACAUUUUGAACUGAAAAAGACAGAAAACCGUGACCUUUGUGCAGACUCGACCAGCCACGUGGAUCAAUUCAUUCUCUCGGAAACUUUCCUAAUGAGAGGUCUCCAAUUAGUUUCCUCAUUUGACAUAUUAACCAUAAGCACGAUCCUUUGCUAACAUUUUUAAAAUCACUUUUGCAUGAGUUGUACAUAUUCGCUCCUUUUAACCAUGAGUUUUCCUCUAACCUCCAACAGGAUAACACAUAUUUCGUUUGUUGAUCACAUUGUCCACUUCUGUCGAUUCAAGUGUUUUUGUAAUAAGAAUAUGGUUUCCAGACCUCGCAAGCCUUCAUUCCAGUCUAUUAAAUUUGUCAAAGAGGAACCUGGGCUCAGAGAAGCCCUUCUGGAUUCUUAUAAAGAACGCGAAGCCAGGAGAAAGAGCUCGAUGCAGCAAAUAGAGAACGGAGGAGAACCGAUUCCAUACAGAAGAAAGAUUUCAUUGAGACCGGAAACAUUCGAUGAUGAUCCGCCGCCAGGGCCUGAACCGAAACCGGAAGAGGCUCCACCACCGUUAGUUACGAAAAGGGAGAUCAUGAAAAAUUAGGGUUCAACUUUCAGAGAGCCACCAAAACCAAAGAAUCCGCCACUCAAACUGAAUGCUAACAAGCCAUCCGGCGAGUUUUUGUUGUCGCUGCAACGCGAAAAAGAGCUCAUGGAAGAGGCGGCCAAGAAUGGAUAUGAUGGAAGAACUCAUAAUGUUUGUGCUUCUUACUGAAAAUAGUCAUACACUCAUUUUAUUUUCAGCCGGAUGGAACUCCUCGAGAAAUCAAGAAAGACUUCCUAGACACAGUUUGUCCACAGCCGGACCUGCCAGAAGUGGUGUACAUUGGGAACAUCAUCAACAGUCAGGACUACACCGUGAUGGGACCAGCGGAAUGGGGUAAACUGGAAGACCUUCCAAAAGAAGAGCAGUCCGAUAGUAACGAUAGCUGUCAGUCUUCCGCCGUGAGUGCAUUCUUUUUCAAACUCAAACAAUAAAAAUCAUUCCAGAGAGGAAGUACGUGUACUCGCAAUAAUCCGUGCAAGUCCCAUCUGACAAGCAGCACUCCGCUUCAGAACAGAGCUCAAUCGUUUGGUGCAAAUCAACUGAAAGGUUCAAAUCGUGUUCCACCGACUGUAAACUUGCCCGACUCGGAUAGAAAGAUUUCGGCCGCCACGGAAAGCCCUUCUAAUAAGUUGAACCUUCCUGAUGACGAUCCGAGGAAGAGAGCGUUCUCGCUUGGCAGCCGGAACUUUUUCAGGUUUUUGAAAACUGAUGGUUUCAAAGUAGAGUAAAUAAUGAUUCAGUGAUUUCCGUCGUCUCGUCAGCAAACGUCAUCGCACCUCGUCACCACAUCACGCGUCCACUUCCGGAAUCUCCGUUAACUCAUCGAAUGCUUCCCCGUUAUCCGGAAGUGUGAACCAUCUCGCGUCAUCGGAUAAUUUGGAAAAUAGAUCCGGAAGUUUCAACUCGGGAAGAAGCAGCCCUGCGUCAAAAGUUAAACCACUUUGGAGAGGUUCGGUCGGAAAGAGAAAUUCAAUUGAAGAUUUGGUCCCAAUUGAUUUCUCCAGGAUCGGCAGAAAGGAGUCCGGUCCGAAUCCAAGGUAGACUCUCUAUCUUUGAUCUCAAAGAAAAACGUGUUAUUUUAGAUAUCCAUUUGGCGGUGCUCCUCCGGGCUCAUCGGCCGGCGACCAUGAGAGAGAAUUGAGAGAAAGGGAAGAGCAACAGCGCAUAGAACGCGAGAGAGCUGCUAUUAUUUUCAAGCAGCGAGAGGAGAUGGAGGCGCAGCAGUUGGCUGACAAAAAGAAAGAAAAGGAGAGAAAGGCUCUGGAGAAAAAGGAGAAGAAAGAGCAGAAGAAGGAGAAAGAGAAAGAGAAAGAGCAAGCUGAGGAAGAAGAGAAGGACAAAGAGUUCCGUCCGAAAGUAGAUAGUGGAAUUGCUGACUGCACUCCCAGCUCGAGCUUUUCUGGAAAGAAAGAUGAAUGUGAGUCGAAAAAACUGAAACAACUUCACCCAGACAUAACGUUUUCAGCGGGCGCCAGCAGCAGCGCGUACUCUGACCCGGAUGGAAUCAAAUACCUUGCCGACCUGAAAAAGAAGAAAAAGAAAGAAGGUGAACGCAAAUCUUCUUUGACCGGCUCCGCCACCUCUUGCUCCUCUACCAAUACAAUCAUUCCGAUCGAAGAUAACAAGUGAGCGAUGAAGAAAGUGUGUACGGAAGAGCUCAACACUUUUUGCAGGGUCAUCGAGCACACCAAUGAGCAGAAAACAAACGUGCAAAUGCAACAAAUUGGCAAGGCUAUGGCAGCGGUGGAUCUCAAUAGGAAGCCAUCGGUAUGCGCCGAGUUGAUUCGGAAAUCGUCCGUGUGUGCUGCGAUCGCUGAAGAGAGGGAAGAACAGUCGGAGACCGAUUCGAGAGGAGAGCCGGCCGACAAACCAGGAUCUUCCACGGCUCCAGUCACCAGGAAGCAAUCGUCUUCGAAUUUGAGCAGCAUGAACCCAUUCGCCCGUUUGAGAUUCCUCAGUUUCAGAAAAUACAACUGA